AUGCACGAUUACGAUAGCACCGGCAUCUGGACCUCUGUCGACAUAAAACGCACCUAUGGUCUCGAAGACCCGUCCACCUCACACAUUUCACAAACGAAGAAAGACAUGGUCGUCAAGGCUGUGCUUGACAUGUUCGACAUUGACAAAGAUGGCGCGAUCACAUUAUCUGAGUUCUUGCAGAAGGACAGUGAGAAUAUCAAGUUACCGGACUUUGGCAUGGGACCUGGACACCAUGGAGAUGACGAAUACGAGUACGAGAUUCACCACUGGGAGAAAUACCACUCAGGUGACGAUGUAAAAGAGGAGGACCUGACACAUCCCGAGGAUAUUGCGCAUUUUAAGAUGCACGAGGAGAAAGAGGCAAGACAGGAGGAGUGGGAGAGAGCCGAGGCGAAAGGAAUUGUGGAGAAGAACAUACCGGCAAAGUUCAGGCAGAAUUAA